AUGCAACUCUGGGAGGCUCGAUGGGAUUUGCGAUGGGGAGCCGAUGGCAUCGAUGAAUACAAUGAUUACGAUGUGUAUCGAUCCUGCCUCCCAUUCACUCCGUCAUCAUCACCCAUCUACAAGUUGUACGGUCACCUUACAGAUCCCAUUCGAGUCUUCAGCAUCGAUGGCGAGUUUGGUGGUCACGUCAUCCCAUUAAGUCAGGAUGCACUUAAUGCUUUAAAAAUCACGGAGGUGGAGCUGAAUGAGCUUCCAAAGAAGGUUGAUAGAGGGGAUCCUGAUGUUGUGAUCGAUUACGAAGCCGAGUUCUGUGACCAUAAUGUCCAUAACGGCAUUGUGACCUGUGCGACACUCUCCCCAGAUGGCCAUUUCAUUGCCCUUGGUUUUGGAAGUGGUGCUAUUGAGAUUGCCAACAUCGACCAUCAGUGCACGAUCUCCCAGUUCCAAUGCAAUCCCCCUAGCCAUCUGGUUUGGAUCAAAUUCUGCAAUGGCAACCACUGGAUUGCAACAGAGGACAGCGGUGGAAAUAUUGUUAUCUUUGGCGAUGAUAUCCAACCACUGAGACUCGGUACCUUGCCUAGCGACCUUUGUCCCCCUGUAGCUGCCGUUUCCGACAGUGGGUCCAUGGUCCUACGGGCCCCAGGGGAGUUGCAUGAAGGGUGCAAUGACAUCACACUCUUAUAUAUUUCUUGUGACCCCUCCAUUCAGCUUCUUGCAUGGCCUCCCUUGGAAUUCCCUGAGACCCCGACUCCCAGUCUUGGAUUCUCACCUGGAGGCCGAUAUGUUGCUGUUCACUUCUCCCAUAACAUUUUCGUCUGGUCAACUGAUUCAUGCAAGUUGAUCACUCGAUAUCGCUUCCCAGAUUCUGUGAGGUGGGUUCUCAGUGCUGGCGUUGUACCCACCAGUUCAUAUGUCACUCCUGAGCUUGUACAUCCUAAACUCGCCACUUCUUCAAUUUCGGAGAAAAACCCUGGUUUUGUACAAAAUUCCCAGAGAGAUUUAGGGCAAAACACGGAUGAAUCCUGGAUGGAGAGCCCCUUUUAUGGUUUCGAGGCCGCAUCCUUGUCUGAAAUCAUUGAACACCUUUCCUCCACCGUAGGAAGAGUUCCGAUCAUUGAUAAAUUUAACAUUUGGUUCAAUGGGGGAGAUGAACUCGUCCUCCCACAAGAGUAUCGGCCGGCUUACUAUAGUAAUGGGGCCUGGUACGGCGAUCGGGUGCUGAAUAGCGAUUAUCCUUACUUCCCUCCAGCCAGCAAGGAUGGUACUCGGUUUAUUGUCCAAGGCAAGAUGACAGCCCCAAUCAUCAUUGACAUCAGCCAGGUCGUUUAGCGCGGCUUCUAUCAUUCCUCUCUUUACUCGAUGGCAUAGUGGUGCAUUCAAAUUUUACCUGGGAAGGUCCGGAUAAUUACGUCGUUUUAAUAGGCAGUAGUCCCCCAAUAUUCAAUAUUAUGUUUAAUUUGCUGCUACAUAUACUCCGAAUGAAAUGGAUAGAAGGAUUGGGAUGAAAUAUCUCCAGUUCAUUAUGGGGUUGCGGUAAAAGCACACCGGCCCUCCGAGUGGUACUUUCGCGGGGUUGCCUCCAUCAUCGAUACUGAUAUUUGAUCAUGGGGGGGUAAUAUGAGC